AUGCUUAUGCAGCUAUCAAAAUGGGCAAUAUACAUCUUCUUAGUGACCGAUUGCGUCAAAGGACAUUGGCCGCGCGUCGGCCGUCAAGCAGGAUACUCCUAUCAACGGCCCAAUAUUCCAUUUGGUUUACCAACGGAAAUAGGUGUUCAGCAAGGAUAUCCUAGACCUCAAUCUAGUUACCCAAGUUAUUCUUAUCCUGCUCCUCCUCCACCAACACCAACACCACCAGCACCUCCUUCACUGCCACCAUCGCCUCCACCUGUGCCACCACCGUCACCACCGCCUGUGUAUAUCCCACCUUCAACGCCACCUCCAUCGCUUCCGCCUCCGGAAACACCAUCACCACCAUCGUCACCGCCAUCGCCGCCGUCAUAUCCUCCUCCGUCGCCAUCACCCCCUUCUUCUCUACCACCACCUGUAUAUAUACCACCUCCUUCACCGCCACCUCCGUCACCACCAUCUCCUCCUCCUCUUCCACCACCAUCUCCUCCUACACGUCCACGACAUAUGUAUCUAUCUCCAUCUCGACCACGAUUACCGCCACUAUCUCCACGACCUACACGGCCGCCUGCUACAUAUUUACCUCCUUAUGACAAUCAACGACCACCGAUUGUGUCAACUCCAGCGUCUACAUAUUUACCACCAUAUGGACAACGUGGUUCCGUUGGAAUAUUAAACGUUGGUGGAACGUCUACUUCUGCUGCUGAGGUUCCUGCAACCACUGCGAGUUUCCCAACGUCAAGUGUGGUGAAAUUAAGUGGACCAAGCGUCACUACCGCAUCUAGUUCUGCCAGUGCAUCCUGCGGAACGUACAGCUCAGUACCUAUUUCGAUUAUACCUUCCUCUACAUCAAGCUAUUCUUCAUCUGCACCAGGAUAUCCUUCAAGUACACCGAAUUAUCCCUGUAUGCAGGGCUCAGUUGUGCCAGAUGAGCCUUCAUCUAUGUCAGGAUAUCCUUUGUCAACGCCUACGUCUAUUCCAUCGUCUUCCUCGCCUACAGCAGGAUAUCGUUAGUUUCGUUGUCGUUCGUCUGAGUUCUUCCGAGAAUUAUUCGAUGAUUUAGAUAUCGUUUAUCUAUUUUUCUGUUUAAUGGGUUCUUAGGGUUAUCUUAGACUUUCAUGUUGUUUGGGAGCUCUUUCUAAAAUAAGCAAUGGGCAAGUUAAGUUCAUUUAAGGAUUAAAUAGUAACAAAGUAGAAGAUUUUGCAAUUACCUGGAAGAC